UUGGCUGGCUUCAUAGCCGUCGACGACACUAAUAAAGUUAUUGUGCUUGCCUUUCGUAGCGCCGAUAUCUCUAACUGGAUUGCAAAUCUGGGCCUGAUACUCGUCGCCAUAGCGGUAUACCCAGACUGUAAAUUGGUCUUCACAGGCCGCAGUCUUGGUGUGGCUCUAGCUGCCUUGAGUGCAACAGCACUACGAAAUGAAACAUACACACUGGAAUUGGAAGGUGUCAACACCUUGACCGACGUAUACACUCAAUUGGCGAUGAAUUCAUUAGUAUAA